UCGCGGGUGUCGUGCCAGUCAGCCCGAGGAUCCCGCCACGCCAACCAUGUCUGGGCCGAUGAAGAAGCCACGUGCAGUCUUUCCAGAAGAGGAGUAUGUCCCAGAGGAGAGUGAUGAGGAGAUGGAGCAGGACGAGAUGAUCGGGCAGAUGAUUAAUGUGGACUUUGAAGGUUUUCCUGCAAGUGAUUCAGACUUCCAUGGAAUCAAGAGGUUACUCCAGCAGAACCUGAGAGGCCUUGAUGUUGACAUCUCUGGAAUUGCAGACACAGUUAUUUCACAGAACUAUGUGGGAUCAGUUAUCAAACAAGUUGGAGGUGAAGAUGAUGAUGAGGAUGAUGAGGAAAAUGAAGAAAUAAUUAAUGGUGAGGAGGACAAAGACGAAGUGUUUGGUGUAACAUCCGUCAUAAACCUCACAUCCAGAAAGGAUGAAACUUGCAUAGCAGGUCUUAGAACAGCUCUUGUGGAAAAAAGUUCAGCCCAUGCCAGUGAUUCAACAAACCAAAUGUUGCGGGAAAUCCUAAGUAAUGAGAGUAAGCAUGUGGGAUUUUUGAUAUCGGAGAGAGUGAUCAACCUUCCACCACAGUUUUCCCUGCCAGUGUUUGAGAGCUUAGGAAAGGAAGUAGAAGAGGCAAAAAAGAAGAAAAUGCCAUACAACUUCUCCUAUCUUCUGUUGAUUUCAAAAGUAUAUAAAACUGAAAAGAAGAAGAAAAAGAAGGUGAUAGAGACAGAGAUAUGGAGCAAUGCAGAAGAGGAGAUUAUGUCAGAGGAAUGUAUUGACAACUUCGAGUAUCCAGUAAAGGGAGACACAGGCAUGUCUGGAGAAUGGGAUGAGGAUGAUGAACAAUACACCCCUUACCGACGAGUGCUCAUCCUAGAUGCUAGCCGCAUGCCCGAGAUUAUUGUGAAAGUGAAAGAUGCCAUUUAUUGAAUUGUUGGUUAUUGAAAUAGGAAUGAAUUCAGAAAUACAGAUUAAAAUCAUGUAAA